UUUACUUAAAUGAAAAUAGGAAUUAUUUUAAUAGAUCUUCUGUUCAAAAUUUAAAAUGUUCGUUUUAUGCAGGCGUGAAUCAAAACAUACUUAUCAAUUGUAUGCAAAUUAAAUGUUCUGAAACAAUAUGGAGAAAUAUGUGUUGUUCUUGUUGGUUACUUCUGAUCAGGAACAGGCCAUCCAGAAUCUGUUUCAAUCAAAUGGCUGGGUUUACACAAAAACAGGUUGUAAACCGUUUAUCGGAGAGGAGAUGCGGUCUUGGAGCAAGGAACCAGUUUCAUAUCGACAUUUCCAUUCAGGAUAUAUGCCAGCCAUUGACUUAAGUCAACAGAACUAUCAUGGCUUUCAUACUGGAUACAUGUCUGAAGCUACCAAUAUGCGUGCUAAUUUCAGGGUCAGUGAUUACUUCUACAAUUCCAUGGACCUAGGUUCUCAUAAUAGAACAUACAUGCCUCUGACAUCAAGCUCCUCCACUCUAGUACCAUUUAGCACUGCAAGUUCUUUUGAGCCUCAGCACACAUCACAUGGCUCUUAUUCUGCUAAUGCAGUAUCACAACAGCAAAUAGACGACAGUCAACUGACAAAUGAAAUUAUUAUAAAUACACAGUCAGGAAGCCAGAAAACUUUUAACCAGUCUAACAAUGAACAGCAUCUACAAACUAAUCAUUUAGAAAUUGAAAAUAGAAUAUUGGAUGAUAGUCUAAAAAAUAGUCUGCCAGCACCGUUGACUCACACUUCAAAUAUUGAAGAUAGAAAUAAACAGGAAGAUCAAUCAAAAGAAAUGUUGGGAAAAUGCAUUGAACAACAUGAUAUCAAUGAAACAAGGCACAGUGAAGAACAUACAAAAAUCAAUAUGAAAUGCGAGACUCCUAGUGGGAAGUAUGCUGCAUCUAGUGCAGAAAUGAAGGAAGAGAGCCUGCCUGUUACAUAUAUUGAAAUUAAGACAUUGAAUACUGAGCAUGAAUCAGAUGCAGAAUCGGAUAACACUGUUGACAUUGAUGAGGCCUCAAUUGAAGCGUUUGUUAUACAAGUAAAAGAGGAUGCAUUCCAAACAAAGCUGUCAGACACAGGAAAAUCGAUUUCCAAGAAAGUAGAUUUUAAUUCUUGUGGCUUUAAAGAAAAACUAGAAUUAAAAACAGAUAAUGUCAUAAUGGAAAAUAAUAUAAAUGAUAAACAAAGAAUUAUUGAUAAUAAUGUAAAGGCUGACAAACAAAGGAGUAAAAAAGUGAAAAGUAAAGCAACAUUAUCUGUAAGAAGCAAGCACCGCAAGUUGAAUGGAAGAAGAACUGAGAAGUCGUCAUCAGGGCUUGGACUUAUAAGCAAAGAAAAACGAUACUCUGUUAAUAGAAAUCUACGGAUACAUGCGUUUCAUAAGAAAUGUAAAACCAUUCCUCAGGAUUUAAAUGAUGAUAAUUUUAGUGCCAGUGAGAAAGGUUAUUAUUGUGCAGAUUGCAAAUUCAUUUUUGUUAAGAAAAAUAAACUUUUACUACACAAGAAAUUGAAAGCUGGGGGCAUUUGUGUUGCAGACUGCAUUUAUUGUGAUGCUGAAGAAAACAAGAAGGAUAUAUUUUACUGUACGAAAUGUCCUAAAGUGUUUGACACCAAAGAGCUGCUAGAGCGGCAUGCAGAGAGGCACGCUGUGGAAGUGUUCACCUGCAAACACUGCGACCAGACAUUCUACACUAUACCUGAUCUCAACUGUCAUAUGCAAAAUGAACACAAAGUAGAAAUGGAGACGCAUUUGUGUGAUUUAUGUGGCUCAAGAUUCAAGGACAAGAAAAUACUGAAUCAGCACAGGAAAUAUGUCCACACGGAUGAAAGACCUGAAGAAUGCCCAACAUGCAGACGGCGCUUUAAAAACAAGAGUCAACUAAGAAACCACCUUGUUGUGCAUAAGGAUGCAUCAGAUUUGGACCUCUCCUGCGAAGUCUGUGGGAAGAUGUUUGUGCGUGUGGCAACCUUGAAAGAUCAUGUGCGAAGACAUAGAAAGGAGUUUACCUUUUUCUGUAACACCUGUGGUAAGGGUUUCUACAAGAAAUCUGGCAUGGAGGAGCAUAUGAGGGUCCACACAGGGGACAAGCCUUUCACAUGUAAGGUGUGUGGGUACAAGUGUGCGCUCAGGUGCAAUCUGGUUAAGCACAUACGCAAACACAGUAAGCAGCUACCAAAACGAGAUGAUCUGAUGGAACCUGGCAAAGCUCUAUAUCUUCAAUCAUAUCUCAAUUAGUUUUAUUCAGUAGGCAUGGUUAUACCCCACUAGUACUACCAGUAGGUGGGGUAGGGGUAUCUGUGGAUUGAUUUGUUAGUUGGUCCACUUGUCUGUGGGAAACUUGUCUGGACUCUAAACAUACUUAUGCGUUGAAGGAAUAAUUCUGUCUGUCAGCGGUCAAGGUCACAAUUUAAGGGCUGGUCAUGGCUAGCUUAGUCUUUUGAUUGCUGGACUGUACAUCCAAAUGUUUUGAGUUUAAAUUCCAGCCCAACCAUCUAACUUGUAUGGUAAAUUUGUAAAAAAUAUACCCCCGUUUUGAUUUAAAAAUCUCGUCAAGAAGGGUAACCUCGUUCUACACGAACAUAAUUUGAAUCUAAAUCUUCCUAUGCGCCUCUGACGUCUUAGAAUUGUUUAAUUCUGUUCUGUGAAUAUUGUCAUGCGUCAAAGCAAGAUAAAUACAAAGCUUAUUUGUAGUUUUUAUAAUAAUGUGUGUGGCUACCUACCACUUUUUGGAAAGCUUUAGAUAAAUGCACGUUCAUGUUUUCCAUUCAUAAAAUUAAAUGAGCCACAUCAUGUGCGCGAAAAAUAAUACCCUUUAAUGAGGCAAAAUAACUUAAGUGAUUUUUAUAGCAGACAGAAAAGCUAUUGGCCAGACAGAAGAAAGGAACACUGUAAACAGAGAGCUCUUGUAGGUUGCAUUGAUGAAUUGAAGGGUUUUAAAUGUAAGCAAUACGAGAGACAUAGAUCUACGUCUCUGGCAGUAUUGUGCUAUCACUGAAAAAUAUUUGGUUUUUAAAAUAGUUCGAAAAAAUUGUCACAUCAAUGAGUUAAAUUGAGUUUUACUGCUACUUUAUAGGUCAAGGUCAUAAUUUAGGUCUGUAGGAAACUUCCAAACAGUGUUCCACAAUUGUUAACCACUUCAUAUGAAACAAAGCUUAAUACAGGGGUAUUAAUUACCUUCCGCAACAGCUCUUUCAGAUUAAUCUUAAGCUCUUACUGGUACUAAAACCACCACUCCACCAGGAAUGGGGUUUUGCCUUGCAUAGGCAUGGCGUUCUUAAUUUAAUACUGUGAUGUCUCCCGGUUGCCAUUAAAUAAAUUUGAAUGUGUAGAAAUAACUUCUACUCAUUAUGCAAAAUGUACAUAUUUGUUUGUUAUUAUGUUGUUUUACAAGAAUAUAUAUACUUUUUUGUAAAACUUUAUUUGUAUAAGCCUUAGACAAUCUUAUAUUUGUUAUAUUCAAUUUUAUUCCGUGCAUGUUUAUAUCACAGAAUGCAUUGUCUUUGAUACUUGUUGGUUCAUAAAGUCAAA